GGAGUCAGGGAGGGGUGUGGAGGAGACCAUUUCAGGCUGAGACCUGAAGGGCACAUGAGAGCUGACUGGGAGAUGGUGGGGAGCGAGCUACUCUGGCAGAACUAAAUGUCAUGGGGCACAGAUAAAUAGGAAGAGCCUGCAACUCACUGGCACUUGGAGGCUCCCGAAGGAGGCUGCCUGUCGCCCAAGCACAGAGCCACAAAGGAUGCAGUCUAGGAGGGAAGAAUCACAAGCCCUGUAAGAUGAGUGGAGCCAAACCCCCAGCCAAGCACCAAUACAGAACCCCGGGACAAUGAGGACACCCCCCUGCCCAUAGCUUCCAGUGCAGCCACCAAAAGUGCCAAAAUGGACCAGCAAAUGGCACUCACAUGGGGGCUGUGCUACAUGGCACUGGUGGCUCUCUGUUGGGGACACGGGGUGACAGAGGCAGAAGAAACGGUCCCUCUGAAGACUCUGCAGUGCUACAAUGACUACACCAACCACAUCAUCUGCAGCUGGGCGGACACAGAGGAUGCCCAGGGGCUAAUCAACAUGACCCUCUAUCACCAGCUAGAGAAAAAACAGCCAGUGUCCUGUGAGCUCAGUGAGGAACUCAUGUGGUCAGAGUGCCCGUCAUCCCACCGCUGUGUGCCCAGAAGAUGUGUCAUCCCCUAUACACGAUUUUCCAUCACAAACGAAGACUACUACUCCUUCCGGCCAGAUAGUGAUCUGGGCAUCCAGCUCAUGGUGCCACUUGCCCAGAAUGUGCAGCCACCACUUCCCAAGAACGUCAGCAUCAGCUCCUCUGAGGAUCGUUUCCUGCUGGAGUGGAGUGUGUCCCUUGGGGAUGCCCAGGUCUCCUGGCUUUCAUCAAAGGACAUAGAGUUUGAGGUGGCUUAUAAGCGGCUUCAGGACUCCUGGGAGGAUGCCUACAGUCUCCACACUAGCAAAUUUCAGGUGAAUUUCGAGCCAAAGCUAUUCCUACCCAACAGCAUCUAUGCUGCCCGUGUGCGCACUCGGCUGUCCCCGGGUUCAAGCUUGUCUGGGAGACCCAGCAGAUGGAGCCCAGAGGUUCACUGGGACUCCCAGCCAGGGGACAAGGCCCAGCCACAGAACCUUCAAUGCUUCUUUGAUGGGAUCCAGUCCCUCCACUGCUCCUGGGAGGUGUGGACCCAGACGACUGGCUCUGUUUCCUUUGGGCUCUUCUAUCGCCCCAGCCCUGUAGCUCCGGAGGAGAAAUGCUCUCCGGUGGUGAAGGAGCCGCCGGGGGCCAGUGUCUACACCCGCUACCAUUGCAGUCUACCUGUGCCUGAGCCCAGUGCACACAGCCAGUACACAGUCUCUGUUAAGCACCUGGAACAAGGGAAGUUCAUCAUGAGCUAUAACCACAUCCAGAUGGAGCCUCCAACCCUCAACCUGACCAAGAACAGAGACAGCUACAGCCUGCAUUGGGAAACUCAGAAGAUGGCUUACUCAUUCAUUGAGCACACAUUCCAGGUCCAGUACAAGAAGAAAUCGGACAGCUGGGAGGACAGCAAGACAGAGAACCUAGAUCGAGCCCAUAGCAUGGACCUCUCCCAGCUGGAGCCAGACACCUCAUACUGCGCCAGGGUGAGGGUCAAGCCCAUCUCUAACUACGAUGGGAUCUGGAGCAAGUGGAGCGAAGAGUACACUUGGAAGACUGACUGGGUGAUGCCCACGCUGUGGAUAGUCCUCAUCCUGGUCUUUCUCAUCCUCACCUUGCUCCUGAUCCUUCGCUUUGGCUGUGUCUCUGUAUACAGGACGUACAGGAAGUGGAAGGAAAAGAUCCCCAACCCCAGCAAGAGCCUCCUGUUCCAGGAUGGAGGUAAAGGUCUCUGGCCUCCUGGCAGCAUGGCAGCCUUCGCCACUAAGAACCCCGCUCUCCAGGGGCCACAGAGCAGGCUUCUUGCUGAGCAACAGGGGGAGUCAUAUGCACAUUUGGAAGACAACAACGUGUCACCUCUCACUAUAGAGGACCCUAAUAUAAUUCGAGUUCCACCAUCCGGGCCUGAUACAACCCCAGCUGCCUCAUCCGAAUCCACAGAGCAACUUCCCAAUGUUCAAGUAGAGGGACCAACUCCUAACAGACCUAGGAAGCAAUUACCCAGCUUUGACUUCAAUGGGCCCUACCUGGGGCCUCCCCAAUCCCACUCUCUGCCUGAUCUCCCAGACCAGCUGGGUUCCCCCCAGGUGGGUGGGAGCCUGAAGCCAGCACUGCCAGGCUCCUUGGAGUACAUGUGUCUGCCCCCUGGAGGUCAAGCGCAACUGGUUCCAUUGUCCCAGGUGAUGGGGCAGGGCCAGGCUAUGGAUGUGCAGUGUGGGUCCAGCCUGGAGACCUCAGGGAGCCCUUCUGUGGAGCCAAAGGAGAACCCUCCAGUUGAGCUGAGCAUGGAGGAACAGGAGGCACGGGACAACCCAGUGACUCUGCCCAUAAGCUCUGGGGGCCCUGAGGGCAGUAUGAUGGCCUCUGAUUAUGUCACUCCUGGAGAUCCGGUGCUCACUCUGCCCACAGGGCCCCUGUCUACCUCUCUGGGCCCCUCUCUAGGGUUGCCCUCAGCCCAAAGCCCCAGUCUCUGUCUUAAGCUGCCCAGGGUCCCCUCUGGAAGCCCAGCUCUAGGGCCACCAGGGUUUGAGGACUAUGUGGAGCUGCCUCCAAGUGUGAGCCAGGCUGCCAAGUCCCCUCCAGGCCAUCCUGCUCCUCCUGUGGCAAGCAGCCCCACAGUGAUCCCAGGAGAGCCCAGGGAGGAAGUGGGCCCAGCAUCCCCACAUCCCGAAGGCCUCCUUGUUCUUCAGCAGGUUGGGGACUACUGCUUCCUCCCUGGCCUGGGACCUGGCUCCCUCUCACCACACAGUAAGCCACCCUCUCCAAGUCUGUGUUCUGAGACUGAGGACCUAGUCCAGGACUUGUCUGUCAAAAAGUUUCCCUAUCAGCCCAUGCCCCAGGCGCCAGCCAUUCAGUUUUUCAAGUCCCUAAAGCAUCAGGACUACCUGUCCCUGCCCCCUUGGGACAAUAGCCAGUCUGGGAAGGUGUGCUGAGUCUGUCUCCUCCCAAUCUCACCAGCAGCCUGGCACCGCAGCCUGUGGUCCUCAGCCUGAGCAUCACCACAGAAGCCUCUCUGAGUUCACACUCCUCCUUGCUCCCAGCCCUGACAUGGCAAUACCCCACCUGUGCUUUUCUCUUCCCCCUCUGUCCCUCUUCCCCUCCCUCCAUGCACCCCCAUCUCUCUCUCUGCAGUUUUCUGCCUUCUAUGGGAACUUCCUUCCUAUUCCUCUGACCUGUUGGAGUGGGGAUGAGGCCUGUGAGGGUAUGGGCUGUUUAGGGUUUACAAACCUGUGAGGCCGGACGGUGGUGGCGCAUUCCCUUAAUCCCAGCACUCUGGAGGCAGAGGCAGGCAGAUUUCUGAGUUUGAGUCCAGCCUGGUCUACAAAGUGAGUUCCAGGACAGCCAGGACUAUACAGAGAACCCCUGUCUCGAGAAACCAAAAAGAAAAAAAAAAAAGAACUGCUGAGGUCGGCUUGUCCACCACAGGCAUUGGUAAUACAGCACAUUUCUGGCUCUGUGUGAAAGGUGGGAGUCUCAGGUGAGCCCCUUGGGAGGUCAGACUGUACAAUUGGGCAGGCUCUUGUCGCUACAAGAAUAGACAUGGUCCUCUAUGGUUGUCUGAAACUCCUGGGGAGACCUGGGGAACCUUGUAGAGGGUACUUGGUACCCUCCUUAUAUACAGAAAUCACUGAUGUGCACAAAGCUGGACACAGCUAUGGCCAGGCUGGAGGGAUGAGAAGCAAUGGGAAGGCUGUGUGUCUAGAACUCAUGGUCUCAACUGCAGACAAGCUUAGUUGUGGAUCCUGGACAGCACACCCAGAUACUAAGUCUAGACAGCUGAGCUGUUCGUUAGUUCUCCCUCCAGAGCAAAGCCUGGAUACCUGUGCUCCCACCGGCCUCAGAUGAGGGUCUGCUGUGAGACUGUGGCCCUUGGCCAUCACCACCCUCUUGACAAUCCAUGCACAAUGCCAUUACCUCAUUCUGUUCUCACUGGAGUUGUUUGUUCAUGGUCACGUUUGCACAUGGCCUUUGUGUGUGUCUCGAGCAUUGGCUUUUUGGGUGGUAGCGAGGAAGUAGACUUGGAAGUUGAGCUCAUGAACAGUUUUGUGCUUCAGACUGUCUUUUUUGGAUGAGACUGAAUAGCUCUUCCCACAUGGCCUCUUGUGGGCCACACGUGUCUCCCCUGAGUGUCCUAAUUUUGUGCAGGAGGCACACCAGCUCUGUCAGCCAUUGCGUGUCUGCAUUGCUAUGAGAUGGGUUGCCGAGCCACACCUGUCUUUGGGUCCCUGUUUGCAGGGGUCUUUGCUGUAAGUGCACACGUGCCUUUGUUUAUGUUCUUUCUGGUUCCUUCUGUGUCUAAAGCCUUGAGUGAGAGACUUGGAGUUUUCUAGAACACAUGAUCUCUCUACAGAGUUCAGUCUUGAUGUGUUCUAUGGACCUGGAGUCAAUGGACAUUGUAUCAUUUCUUCACCUAUUUGUGCUCUGUCAGGCACUCCAUGAUCCACCAAGUCAUGAACUGGAUCUGGUCUGUCCUAUCCCCUGGCCUCACUCACAUGAUGGCAGACAUAGAAUGUGGCAGAUCAAAUGUCCCUUGGUCUCUGUUCAUUGCAGCAAAGAAAACCACUAACAUCUUGAGUGUGUUGCAGUGGCAAUGUUCAACAUCAGCCUGUCAAUACUUUCCAAAGUGACCACUCUAGAGAAACAAACAGGAGUGGCCUCCAUGUUAAGAUGUGAAUGCCAAAGUGCCUUGCAUAAGAGGAAAUAUUGUAAUAAACAUGUUUACAUACAAUAAAACAGCAAAACAAGGCA